AUGAGGUGGCUGGUACUAGCCCUGCUCUGCCUCCAGCUCGGGGAGGGCAUGGUGAGGAUCCCCCUGAGGAAAAGCAAGUCGGUGAGGGAGUUGAUGAGAGAGAAGGGGGUGCCGGAGGGUGUCCUGAAGGGCCUCAGAGGGGACCCCGGUAGGAAAUACCAGUUCAGCAACGCUGUGACUUAUGAAACGCUAACGAACUACCUGAACUCCUUCUACUUUGGCGAGAUCAGCAUCGGGACCCCUCCGCAAAAUUUCCUGGUGAUCUUUGACACUGGCUCCUCCAACCUGUGGGUGCCCUCCACCUACUGCCAGGCUCCAGCCUGCGUGAAUCAUAACAGGUUCAACAGCAGCCAGUCGUCCACAUUCUCGGACAUCGGUGUGACCUACACCCUCAGAUAUGGGUUCGGUGACGUGUCGGUGGUGUUGGGGUACGACACCGUGACAAUCCAGAACAUCAUUGUCAGGAACCAGGAGUUUGGCCUGACCCUGGAUGAGCCCAGCAGCCCCUUUUACUACCUGGACUUUGAUGGGAUUUUGGGCAUGGCUUACCCGGCCAUCGCCAUCAGCGGUUACAACACGCUGAUCCAGAACAUGAUGCAGCAGAGCCAGCUCACCGAAUCCAUCUUCAGCUUCUAUUUCUCACGCAACCCGACAUACAAUUACGGCGGGGAAGUCAUCCUUGGAGGGAUUGCCCCCCAGCUGUACUCUGGGGAGAUUACAUGGGCUCCUGUGGUCGAGGAAGUGUACUGGAAGAUCGGUAUUGAGGAGUUUGCCAUCGGGUCGUCAGCCACCGGCUGGUGCAGCCAAGGCUGUCACGGCAUUGUGGACACUGGGACGUUCCUGCUGACCAUCCCAGGACAAUACAUGUCAGCCUUCCUGCAGGCGCUGGGUGUGGAGGAGAGUGAGGACGGGUUCAUUGUCAACUGCAACUACGUCCCGAGCAUGCCCAGCCUCUCCUUUGUCAUCAGCGGAACCCAGUUAGUGCUGCCUCCCUCGGUCUACGUCUUAAACGACAACGGCGUCUGCACCGUUGCGGUCGAGAGCACAUACGUGUCGUCUUCCAGCGGCCAGCCGCUCUGGAUCCUCGGCAACAUCUUCCUUCGGCAGUAUUACUCCAUCUUUGACAUAGCCAACAACAGAGUUGGCUUUGCCCUGUCAGCCUAG